AUGGCGUCGCUGAGUUUGACCCAGUUCAGAGGCAGGAACUUGGUGGCUGAUUCUCGGAUUAGGCCUUCUCAGACUGUGAAUCGGCCUGGUAGAGUUGGGUUUUUGAGGGUGGUUGCGUCGGACACUCGGGCAGAGCCGGAUUUGAGUGUGACUGUUAAUGGAUUACACAUGCCCAAUCCAUUUGUGAUCGGGUCGGGUCCUCCCGGGACCAACUACACGGUCAUGAAGCGCGCUUUUGAUGAAGGCUGGGGUGCUGUUAUUGCAAAAACGGUAUCACUAGAUGCAUCAAAAGUUGUAAACGUAACUCCUCGAUACGCCAGACUACGAGCUGGUGAAAAUGGCUCAUCCAAAGGGCAAAUCAUUGGCUGGGAAAAUAUAGAACUUAUUAGUGACAGGCCUUUUGAGACUAUGUUAAAAGAAUUCACGCGAUUGAAAGAAGAAUAUCCUGAUCGGAUUGUAAUUGCCUCUAUUAUGGAGGAAUACAACCAAGCUGCUUGGGAGGAACUUAUUGAUCGAGUUGAGCAAACUGGGAUUGAUGCCAUUGAAAUAAAUUUCUCGUGCCCUCAUGGCAUGCCUGAGCGCAAAAUGGGUGCUGCAGUAGGUCAAGAUUGUGCAUUGUUGGAAGAAGUUUGUGGAUGGAUCAAUGCAAAAGCUACUGUUCCUGUGUGGGCAAAGAUGACUCCUAACAUCACAGAUAUUACACAGCCAGCUAGGGUGUCUCUAAAGUCGGGAUGUGAGGGAAUAGCGGCCAUUAACACAAUCAUGAGCGUGAUGGGCAUCAACCUUAAUACCCUACGUCCGGAGCCCUGUGUGGAAGGAUACUCAACUCCUGGUGGUUAUUCUUCCAAGGCAGUUCAUCCUAUUGCCCUUGGAAAAGUGAUGAGUAUUGCAAAAAUGAUGAAAGCAGAAUUCAAUGAUAAGGAUUAUUCACUUUCUGGUAUUGGAGGUGUCGAGACAGGCGGUGAUGCUGCUGAAUUUAUUCUUCUUGGAGCAAACACGGUUCAGGUUUGCACUGGUGUUAUGAUGCACGGCUAUGGCCUCGUGAAGAAACUUUGUGCUGAGCUGAAGGAUUUCAUGGAAAUGCACAACUUCACAUCCAUAGAAGAUUUUAGAGGGGCGUCACUUGAGUAUUUUACUACUCAUAUGGAUUUGGUUCAAAGACAGCAACAAGCAAUUCAACAAAGGAAAGCUAUAAAAAAAGGUCUGCAGUCAGAUAAAGAUUGGACAGGAGAUGGUUUUGUGAAAGAGUCUGAGAGUAUGGUUUCUAAUUGACAUGUAAAAACUCGAGCUAUCCCUCUCGGAUAUGACUAGAAAAAUGGUUUUACUGGUGUUUCUUCUGAUUUGAAAGAACUGAAUUCAUGAAAACAUGCACUUUACUUGCUUAUUUCUCCUGCAAAUCGAGUUUUGGAUUCGAAAUUUCAGUCCUGUAUCAUAUUGAAUGACUGACUGGAGGAAAGUACUCUAUUUCUUGACGGAUAUAUAGAAGUGUCUUUUGUAUUAGCUCUACUC